UCAAGAUAAGGAAGGGAUGGUGAGGCAGGCUGUAAUUGGUGGGCUGGGGGAAUAUAACGGGGGUCCUUCAGGCAGACCCCAUCCCACCUCCUGAGCCACACGCCAUGGCCUUUCUCUGGGUUGUCCUUGGCUUUCUCCUCUUUGGCAGCAGCUCCGGCUGCGGGGUCCCUGCCAUCCGCCCCGAGCUGAGUGGACUGUCCCGGAUCAUCAAUGGAGAGGACGCUGUCUCCAGCUCCUGGCCCUGGCAGGUGUCCCUGCAGACUGGCUCCGGCUUCCACUUCUGCGGGGGCUCCCUCAUCAGCCAGCACUGGGUGGUCACUGCUGCCCACUGCAGGGUCAGGAAGGGCCACCGUGUGGUGGCCGGGGUGUCUGAUCAUGGCUCUGAUGACGAGGCUGUCCAGGUGCUGAGGAUCGAGGAGGUUUUCGAACACCCGCUGUGGGACAGGGCUGCAGACACCAAUGACAUCGCCCUGCUGAAGCUGGCCACACCUGCCCUGCUCUCCGACACCGUGUCCCCCGUGUGCCUGCCCAGCGGCAACGCCAGCUUCCCCACGGGCUCCAUCUGCGCCACCACAGGCUGGGGCAGGACCCAGUACAACUCCCACAAGACCCCCGACAAGCUGCAGCAGGCGGCCCUGCCCCUCCUGUCCAAUGCCGAGUGCAAGCAGUUCUGGGGCAGCAGGAUCACCGAUGUGAUGGUCUGUGCGGGCGCCAACGGCAUCUCCUCCUGCAUGGGCGACUCUGGUGGCCCCCUGGUCUGCCAGAAGGAUGGAGCCUGGACCCUGGUGGGCAUCGUGUCCUGGAGCAGCAGCAUCUGCUUCCCCUCUAUUCCUGCCGUGUACGCCCGCAUCACCGAGCUCAUUUCUUGGGUUCAGGAAAUACUUGCUGCCAACUGAGCCCAUAGCCCCCAC